AUGUCGGCUGGGGGUGAGCAUCUCAAGGAUGAGGGCACCAAGCGACAAGUCGUGUUGGCCGGUGGGAUUGCCGGACUGAUCUCGCGCUUCUGCAUUGCGCCUCUCGAUGUUGUCAAGAUCCGGCUGCAAUUGCAAAUCCAUUCUUUAUCAGACCCCUUUGCGCAUCAAAUCACCAAUGGGCCUGUUUAUAAGGGGACACUCUCCACAAUGCGGGCUAUCGUGAGGCACGAGGGCAUCACGGGUCUUUGGAAAGGAAACAUCCCCGCGGAGAUGAUGUACGUCUGUUAUGGCGCAGCCCAAUUUACGGCAUAUCGUGGCACAACCCAAGCGCUCGCUCAACUCGGCCCCUAUCGACCUCCCCCGUCCGUCGAAUCUUUCCUCUCUGGUGCUGUAGCGGGUGCCUGUGCCACGGGAAUGACCUAUCCACUCGACUUACUUCGUACUCGAUUCGCCGCCCAAGGUCCAGAUCGUGUUUAUCACUCCCUGCGAGCAUCCGUGGUGGAGAUCGCGCGCCAUGAGGGAAUCCCAGGAUACUUCCGAGGCUGCUCAGCUGCCGUUGCGCAAAUUGUCCCAUACAUGGGUCUCUUCUUCACCACAUAUGAAUCCCUUCGGCCAGCAAUGUCAAUCUGGGACUCAUUGCCCAUGGGAACCGGGGAUGCUGCCGCUGGUGUCGUGGCAAGUGUAUUGGCCAAAACGGGAGUCUUCCCAUUGGACCUGGUUCGCAAGCGAUUGCAGGUUCAGGGGCCAACGCGAACGCGCUACGUUCAUCGCAACAUCCCAGAAUACACCGGGGUCCUCCAGAGUAUGGCGGUGAUCGUUCGCACUCAAGGCAUCCGCGGCCUCUAUCGCGGCUUGACGGUCAGUCUGAUCAAGGCCGCACCAGCCAGUGCUGUGACGAUGUGGACCUACGAGCGCGCACUGAAAGUUCUUCAAGAGCACAAUAUCGCAGCAGAUCGCUGA